AUGCUGAAAAUGCGCAGAGUUAGUAUCGUCCAGAAAUUCGACAACAAACAAUGUCCUAUACUAAGAGCAGCUGGACACCAGUUUACACAAGAUAGCAGAGAUAAACCUGAACUUUCAGGUUUUGACCUAGGAGAGAGCUUUUCUCUGAGACGUGCAUUUUGUGAAGGUGAUAAAACCUGUUUUAAACUGGGAAGUGCACUUCUUAUUAGAGAUACCAUGAAGAUAUUUCCCCAAGGCCUUCCUGAGGAAUAUGCCAUAAUAGCCAUGUUCCGUGUACGAAGAAGCACCAAAAGGGAACGGUGGUUUCUGUGGCAGAUUUUAAACCAGCAGAAUAUGCCACAGGUUUCUAUUGUAGUUGAUGGUGGAAAGAAGGUGGUGGAAUUUAUGUUUCAAGCUGCUGAAGGAGAUGUGUUGAAUUACAUUUUUAAAAAUCGAGAACUGCGUUCUUUGUUUGACCGUCAAUGGCAUAAACUUGGCAUUGGUGUACAAUCCCGGGGCAUUUCACUCUAUAUGGAUUGCAAUUUAAUUGCAAGCCGCCAUACUGAUGAACGGGAUGCUGUGGACUUUCUUGGAAGGACUGUUAUCGCAGCACGAGCUUCAGAUGGCAAGCCUGUGGAUAUUGAACUUCACCAACUUAAAAUCUACUGUAACUCAAACUCCAUAGCUCAAGAGACAUGCUGUGAAAUAUCAGAUACCAAGUGCCCACAGCAAACUGACUUUGGAAGUACUGUAUCAUCAGUACCAGCUCAUGCCAAUAAAAUGUCUGCAUAUCUGCCAGCAAAGCAAGAAGUGAAGGACCAGUGCCAGUGCAUUUCCAACAAGGGGGAAGCAGGAUUACCAGGAGCUCCAGGAACACCUGGUCAGAAAGGGGACAAAGGAGAACCGGGUGAAAGUGGUUUACAUGGAGCUCCUGGUUUACCUGGUCAAAAGGGAGAGCAAGGUUUUGAAGGCAGCAAAGGUGAAAUUGGUGAAAAGGGUGACCAAGGAGUAAAAGGAGAUCCAGGUGUGACUGGCAUUAAUGGACAAGAUGGAUUGAAAGGUGAUUUGGGUCCUCGUGGUCUACCUGGCCCAAAAGGAGAAAAGGGAGAUAUGGGACCUCCAGGACCACCAUCUCUAACUGGUUCCCUGGGGAUACAAGGCCCCCAAGGUCCACCUGGAAAAGACGGUCAAAGGGGAAGACGAGGAAAAACAGGUCCUCCAGGAAAACCAGGACCUCCAGGACCACCUGGACCUCCAGGAACACAAGGAGUACAGCAGACUCUAAAUGGAUAUUAUAACAAGGGAAAUAUUGGUGACCAUGGAGCUGGUGGCCUAAAAGGAGCAAAGGGUGAAACUGGGCAACCAGGAUUUCCAGGGUCCAUUGGCCCAAAAGGACAAAAAGGAGAAUCUGGGGAACCUUUUACAAAAGGUGAAAAGGGAGAUCGAGGAGAGCCUGGGAUUAUAGGACCACAGGGGAUAAAGGGUGAACCUGGAGAUCCUGGUCCCCCUGGUGAAAUAGGAAGCCCAGGAUUAAAGGGUCAGCAAGGACCUGCAGGAACUAUGGGACCCAGAGGACCACCGGGAGAUAUUGGAUUGCCAGGAGAACAUGGUAUCCCAGGAAAACAAGGCAUUAAGGGAGAAAAGGGCGAGCCAGGUGGGAUUAUAGGCCCUCCUGGACUUCCAGGUCCAAAAGGUGAGGCUGGUCCUCCAGGGAAAAGCCUGCCAGGGGAACCAGGAUUAGAUGGAAAUCCUGGAGCACCUGGUCCACGUGGGCCAAAGGGUGAAAGAGGACUGCCAGGGGUCCACGGUUCUCCAGGUGACAUAGGUCCUCCAGGGCUAGGAAUUCCUGGCCGAACAGGCUCCCAAGGACCAGCUGGAGAGCCAGGUAUUCAGGGCCCUCGAGGUCUCCCUGGGUUGCCAGGAACUCCAGGAACACCAGGGAAUGACGGAGCUCCAGGAAGGGAUGGAAAUCCAGGUCUGCCAGGCCCCCCAGGUGACCCGAUUGCACUGCCUCUCUUGGGUGACAUCGGUGCCUUGCUCAAGAACUUCUGUGGCAAUUGCCAAGCCAGUGUCCCUGGACUGAAAAGCAACAAAGGAGAAGAAGGAAGCAUUGGUGAGCCUGGAAAGUAUGAUUCUACAUCCACGAAGGGUGAUAUUGGACCACGGGGUCCUGCAGGAAUCCCAGGCAGAGAAGGACCAAAGGGAAGCAAAGGAGAACGGGGCUAUCCUGGGAUACCUGGAGAGAAAGGUGAUGAGGGUAUUCAAGGAAUUCCAGGUUUUCCUGGUGUACCAGGCCCAACUGGACCCCCAGGUUUGUUGGGAAGAACUGGACAUCCUGGUCCCUCUGGAGCAAAAGGUGACAAGGGCAGCGAAGGGCCUCCUGGGCAACCUGGACCACCCGGACCACCUGGUGUGCCAUUCAAUGAAGGAAAUGGAAUGAGCAGUUUAUAUAAAAUCCAGGGAGGUGUGACUGUCCCCAGUUAUCCAGGUCCCCCAGGACCCCCUGGCCCAAAAGGCGAUCCUGGUCCAGUGGGAGAACCUGGUGCAAUGGGGUUGCCAGGAUUAGAGGGAUUUCCAGGUUUGAAGGGAGAUCGAGGUCCAGCUGGUCCUCCAGGCAUAGCUGGAAUAUCGGGGAAACCUGGAACCCCAGGACCUCAGGGAUAUCCAGGGGAACCGGGGGAGAGAGGACCUGUGGGUGACAUAGGCUUCCCUGGACCAGAAGGGCCCUCAGGAAAGCCAGGAAUAAAUGGAAAAGAUGGAUUACCAGGUGCUCAGGGCAUCAUGGGUAAGCCUGGAGAUAGAGGCCCUAAAGGAGAACGUGGUGACCAGGGCAUUCCGGGAGACAGAGGACCACAAGGUGAACGGGGAAAACCAGGCCUUCCAGGCAUGAAAGGGGCCAUAGGUCCUGUGGGACCACCAGGAAGCAAGGGCUCUGUGGGAUCUCCUGGGCACCAAGGCCCUCCAGGAAUCCCUGGCACUCCGGCUGAUGCAGUUUCAUUUGAAGAAAUAAAGAAGUAUAUUAAUCAGGAGGUUCUAAGGAUUUUUGAAGAGAGAAUGGCUGGGCUCCUAUCACAGCUCAAGCUGCCAGCAGCUAUGUUGGCUGCUCAGGCUCAUGGGAGGCCUGGUCCACCAGGAAAGGAUGGGUUACCUGGCCCCCCAGGAGACCCUGGACCCCAAGGCUAUCGAGGACAGAAAGGAGAAAGAGGAGAACCAGGAAUUGGACUUCCAGGGAGUCCAGGGCUUCCAGGGACUUCAGCUUCAGGUUUGCCAGGAUCACCAGGUCCACAGGGUCCCCCAGGGCCUAGUGGAAGAUGCAGCCCAGAAGAUUGCCUCUAUCCUGUGCCUCCUGCCCAUCAGCGGACAGGUGGAAAAUGA